UCUGCUCUUUACGUCCCGGAAACUCGGAUAAAGGACCGAGAGAGAGCUGAAAGAAGCAUGUUUUCCUUCAUGUUUCUUCUCCUCCAUGUCCCACAUGCGCUGUUAUCGUCAACACAUGUAGCAGUGAUCUCCCCUCAGGAUCCCGUCCUGCGUAUCGGCUCCAGUCUGACAGCCACGUGCACGCUGAGCCCCGAGCUCGGCCUCCACGCCGGCUCGUUGUACUGGACACUGAACGGGAUGAGUCUGUCCAGCAGCACCUACAGCGUGGUGAGCCCCGACGUCCUGAGCGUCACCCUUCACAACCUCAACGGCUCCCAGCAGCAGUCUGGAGACAACCUGGUGUGUCACGGAGCAGAUGGACACGUCCUGGCCGGUUCAUGUCUCUACGUGGGCAGGCCUCCAGAAAAGCCAGUCAACAUUACGUGUUGGUCUCGCAACACGAAGGACUUGCGCUGCAAGUGGAGCCCGGGCGGGCGGGGUGAGACCCACGUCCAAACCAAAUACACCCUCAAGUACAAAUUGAGGUGGUACGGGAGAGAAAAGGAGUGUGAAAUUUACAGCACAGGGAAGCAGCAAUACUCCUGCUACAUCCCCCGCAACCUCGCCCUCUUCACCCCGUAUGAGAUCUGGGUGGAGGCGGCCAAUCAGCUGGGCUCUGCCACCUCUGACAUCACCACUCUGGACAUCCUCGAUGUAGUGACCACUGACCCUCCUGCCAACGUGCAGGUGAAUCGUGUCGGAGACCUCGAGGACCAGCUGACAGUCCGCUGGGCCAGCCCCCCCGAGCUCAAGGACAUCCUGUUUCAGGCCAAAUAUCAGAUCCGCUACAGACUGGAGGACAGCACAGAAUGGAAGGUGAUGGAUGAUGUUGGUAACCAGACAUCAUGUCGGCUGGCGGGCCUCCGACCUGGGACUGUCUAUUUUGUCCAGGUGAGGUGCAAUCCAGUGGGCAUCUAUGGUUCCAGGAAGCCUGGCAUCUGGAGUGACUGGAGCCACCCGGCCGCCGCCUCCACACCCAGCAAUGAGCGGCUGCAGAGCGGCUCCUGCGAUCCUAAACCCAGCGAGCAGAACUCCACCCUGCGGCGAGAACUCAAGCAGUUCUUCGGCUGGGUGCGCAAGCAUGCGUCUGGCUGCAGCGGCAUGUCAAUCAAACUGUAUGAUCAGUGGAGGGUGUGGCUGCAGAAAUCGCACAAAACGCGCAACCAGAUUCUACAGGACGAUAAUUCAUAGCAGCGCCGCUCGGCAGCACUGUGGUGUUUAAAUUCAAGAACAGCAUCAAGAAACACUGACAGAUAACUGGCCCCGAGGGUCCCAGCUGUGUGAGAGGUCCAACGCCCCGCCUGAGGGAUACUGCAGUGUUUGGUCAUAAAGUCCUAACUUGAGUUUAAAGGGCCCGAGUGGAAGAUAACUUGAAGUGAGACAAUGCAGCCUUUUUCUGCCAUUUCCGCUGGCUAAAAUUUGUCCCUCAGAUCUGUUUACACAAACACAAAAGGGCCCUCAGUAACUGCACUUUUAUUCUAUAGUAAAGUU